GCGGCGGCGGCGUCGUGUCAGUCGUGCGUCGCCGGCCACGCGAGAAGUUGCCGCUGCCGCCCGGCUGCUGCGACUGGGGCGAGCUCGUCUUCGCCCACAGGAUCAUGAGCGAGCCAUCGAGCGAGGACCCUUCGUCUGGGGGCGAGGGCUCCGCCAGCGGAGGCGGCGGAGGCGGCGCGGGCGGCGCGCCCGGCAACAAGGACAGCAAGCUGUACGAGAAGCCCAGCGGCGGCAAGAAGAAGCUGCUGCGCCUGCUCACCGUACUCGCCUACGUCAUGUCCGUGUCCAUGGCGGCCAUCAUGCUGUCGCUCUACUACGUCUUCCUUUGGGACCCGCACGGCACGGGCCCGCGCUACGGCCACCUGGCGGCCGGCCCGCAACCGCGCCUCAACUAUACCCAAGAGGUUUCGGAGUCGACGCCUCUAUGUUCAGAGAUAGACGAUGGAAGUUCUCCACAAUUUCAACCACUGCAUCAGCAAGUGGAAGCUAGCAGUAACAUCACCAGCAAUCUGACAUCAUUGGUUUCAAGUCCACCUGUUCCGCACACAACAAUGAACCAGACAGCAUCUGAACAACUGGCUACAUAAAGUGGUACUGUGGCAGUGCAACCCAAUGUUUCCUCAAUGUCCGAUGCGAAGUAUUUCCUUAUUUGGGUAUGAAAUCAUGAACUUCGCAUAAGAAAACUAUUGGUUUCAUGUUCACAAGCUGCUGCAAUAAACUGAUGCUGCUCAGGAUGCUGGACAAAAAAUCAAGAAAAUGCAGAGAGACAACUAGAAUAUUAAUCAUAAAUCAUAACUUUGAUACUGGAGAUUUACAGAGGUUUUUAAGUUGUGGAUGCUUGUGAUAUGAUGAAGUAAUUCCAUGGCAUCAAGACUGAUAAUUAUUUAGUGCGACUGAAAAUCCUUAUAGUGCUUCAAACUUAGGCUACAGUAUCAUUUUUGUCCCCUCCUUAUGAUUUUUUUACCUUAUUUAAUGUAAGUUUGUUGUGGAUGUCACAUUAUAUUUAGACUGUUAAGUUUUUUGUACUCUAAUCUUAGUAUCAACAACAGUUAAGACCACUAUUGCAGAUCUUCAUGUAAAAAAUUGAAAUAUAUAUAAUGCUGAAGCAAUCAGCACAAUUUUAAAGGAGACAAUAGGGAAACAAUAAAAUAAUGUAGCAGUGAAAUAUUUUUAAUGUUUUAUAUGCUGUGAAGACUAUGAAGAUAAUGUUACCGCUCUACUACUAUGUAAAUUAAAUAACUGCAUUUUGAUGGAAUUAAAAAACAUGAAAAUUUUAAAAUAUCCAGUUCCAUAAAAGAUAAGUUAAAUAUUAGCAUAAAACACACACACACACACACACACACACACACACACACACACACACAGAGAGAGAGAGAGAGAGAGAGAGAGAGAGAGAGAGAGAGAGAAAUGGAUGGUUGUGGGAACACUUUACUAUACUGUGUUGUGUUAUGUGCAUGUCUUUUUAAAGACACAGUAAUUCUUUCGUCUGCAUGAAAAUUUCUCCUAAUUCUAAGGUGAAACAGUUUUAUAAAAACUAUGUUAGUUGUUGAUUGUUACACAAUUUUUAAUAAAUACAUAGAAUUUUUUUUACUGUUUUAACACAA